UUGGGUGAUAUUAUAUUCGUGAGCUCCCCCUCUCCCUCCCCCCCUCUCUCCCUCUGCAUGCUCUCAUCUCGUCCUGCAGGAAUAGACUCUCUUCCUCCGCCGCUGCAGCCUGACUCUGACAAAAACCCCGGCAUGUCUGCAAACUGAGCGCCGCACAGGAAGACACAAUCCCUCCUUCAAGACGCACAACUUGUGAUUUCUUUCCCCGCGCUGAGGCAGAAGAAGGAGAGUGGUUAUAACACCGCGACGAUAAGCUGCUUUUUUCUUUCUUUCUUGGAGGGGACAAAGACUUGGAGAAGCAUCAAAACAAGGUCUGUCCCUGAUAACGUGACCACUGAAGGAAGAGAACACAGAACUGCUUCAUCAUGAAUUUUGUAAUGAAAGCUGCGAUGGGAGGAGGUCCUCCUGAUGUGGGCAAAAUGCUGGGUGGGGAGGAGAAGGAGGAGGACCCCGACGCAGCCAAGAAAGAGGAAGAGCGACAGGAGGCGCUGAGGCAGCAGGAGGAGGAGAGGAAGGCCAAAUAUGCCAAGAUGGAGGCUGAGAGGGAAAACAUGAGGCAAGGCAUCAGGGAUAAGUAUGGCUUGAAAAAGCGAGAGGAGGCCGAGGCCGAGGCAGCAGCCACCGCGGAAGAGCCCGCCGCCGGCAGCUUGACCCGACCUAAGAAGGCCGUGCCGGCCGGUUGCGGGGACGAGGAGGAAGAGGAAAGCAUCAUGGACACAGUGAUGAAAUACCUGCCAGGCCCGCUGCAAGAUAUGCUGAAGAAGUAGGCUGGCUCACUAGCCAAUGCUAACGUUAUCUAGCUUAGUUCACAGGUUACACUCACAAGGUUGGCUUAAAUCAUUUGUUUCACCCACAUGACAGAUAUGAACUUUGCUCUGCAAGUACAUCAAAUAAAGUUUAAUCCAAUGUGGUCUUUUUGGUGUUUGGAACGAAUCACAGUUUUAUGGCGGGUAAAAUGAUUCAGAUGUGAACCAGCAGUGUGAAUUGUAGCCAUUGGACUAAGCUGGGUUGAUCCAAAGGCCAGGUGAACGUUAGCGUGACUGACGUUAACGUGAGCUAUGUUACACUACUGAAGCUGAUGGCAAGCAGAGGGGCUAAAAACACUAUGUUAGACGGUUUAUCCUUCUAGUCCGAGACGUUUUAAACUCCUUUUUCUCUCCUCUGUGACGGCUGCAGAGCUCCAUCGCAGCACUGAAAAAUAAUAUUCCUGUCCACUCAAUUUGUACAUAAAUAAAUACAUUACAAGCCUCAAGGUAGGCAAACAAUCAUAAAAUAUUAUAUUAAAUUAUUAUAAUAACUGUGUGUCUGUCUCUAAAAUAAUUUAAAAAAAAGAUGUAAUAACUUGAUAAGCCAUAUUUUAAAAAGGAAAUUAAGACUACUGUUGUGUGCUCCUAAAGCUACUGUUGUGUGUUCGACCAUGUCUGAAAUUUAUGUAAAACUUUUUGCACACCGUGUUACACAUUCUCUGUCAGACCUGUCGUCUAUCUUGCCUACGCGCUCCCUCUCAAUGCCCAACAUCGAAGUGUAAUGACCUUCAUGCAGUAUAGUGUUUAAAAAUGUUUCUAUUCCCCUGUUCAGUGUGUCUCCUUCUUAUGUCUUGCAUGCCAUUUGUCUGGACAAGUUUGUUGUGUGAAUAUGUACCAACUCACCACCCCUUUGCCCCUUUUAUCCUCUUCUUUAUCAUGCAAAAAAUAUUAUGGCAAUAACUCCUAAGUUUGAGUGUGUUUUCACUACCAUGUCAAUAUAAUCGUUAAUAAUAUCAGUAAUAAUAAUAAAAAAAAAGGAUAUGUAUGCAUUCAGGAAACUUGAUUUACAGUUUUGCAGGGUUUUCUUUUUGUUGUUGUCUCGUUGUUUUGAUGAAGAAUGAACGUGUAGCCGUUCAUACAACAGCCAAAACCUUAAGCUUUCAGCCAUAAAACACAAACUUACAGUAUAUAUACUCUUACUAUCAGGAUCUACUACUAGGGAGAGAAUAUUGAAUGAAUCUGUAUGAAUAAAUAAGAUAUAUGUAUUUAUGAUUUUGAAGCUAUAACAAGCAGUAUUAACUUGAAAGGAUUUAGCAUCAUGUGAAGAUUUGCGAGAAAGAGACCACACACACACACACACACACACACACACACACACACACAGACACAAACACACAGUGAAGUUAAUACUGCAGUUUGGCUACUGAUCUACUGUUUGUGUUUUAAAAGAAGAUGUGAAGUAAUGCUUUAUUCAGUUAUUGUUGGUUUAGGUGUGAGAAUGAGCCGCCAAGGGUGACGUGGAAUGCCAUGAGCAAUAAAGGAUUAUCAUGUAUGUUUCUGCCUGAGAUUCAAUAAAAACUUAAAAACCUUGUUCACAGA